AUGGAUGUUGGCUACAGAAAAACGGACACUCAUCCCAAUGCACCGGCGGAUUUGAAGGUUGAACGGGCCAAAGAGAAAAAAGAACCAGUCGAAAAAACGCAACAGCCUGAACCAUCUAAUACAACGAAAACGAAGUGCAAGCCGAAAUUCUAUCCACUGUUUAGCGAAGGCGCCCGUGGUGACGAACUAGUCGCCCAUCUUCCCGGUCGACAUCCGUGCCAGUGUUUGGCUACCAAACAUCAACUAAUUAACAACUGCACAAAUUGUGGUCGUAUUGUGUGCACCCAAGAGGGUUCGGGUCCUUGUUACUUUUGUGGCCAAUUGGUCUGCUCAAAGGAGGAGAAACAAACCAUCGCACUGGGAACAAAACAAGCGAUCAAACUCCGAAAUCGCCUGUUGCAAGUUCCGUGGGCACCAGGUACAGAGGAACCUAUGUAUCGAGUAAGACGACGAGCCGAAUUAGUUGCCGCGAAGAAACGUGAUCUGCUUGCGACGUCCCCAAAAGUGGACUGGAGUCACUCAAAACCCAGCGAGUUACCGCGCGAAACCAGUGACAACUCGGACGAUGUGUCGGAUGAAUUUGCUCCAGAUAUAUGCACUCCGGUGGCCGGUGCUCAACAAAGAUUGGAGGAAGGUAAAUCGUGA